UAGAGUCUGUGAUGGCAGUAUGGUGUGUGAAGGUUAAUGUUAGGUAAAACGUUAGUACAGUUCUUAAAAUUAUAUUGGAAUUUAACAAAACGGAGCGUUUAACCAGCGUUUACAGAGUGUUUGACUAAGAGCGGUGUGAACUUCCUGAACAGCUGCGGACUCAGCAGUCAUGGCCGGUCUGUCCAGCUACGCCGUGCGCAUGGCCAGACUGAGCGCACAGAUCUUCGGGGAGGUUGUGCGUCCGACAGACUCCAAAUCUAUGAAGGUGGUGCAGCUGUUCAAAGAGACUCCUCUGGCCAAGACAAAGGAGGUGUAUGACUGGUACCCACAGCACAAGAUUUACUACGCCUUGACCCAGAAGCUCAGGUUCAUGGGACUGUUCAGAGAUGAGCACGAAGACUUCAAGGAGGAGAUGCGUCGCCUGAGGAAACUGAGAGGAAAAGGAAAACCAAAGAAAGGAGAAGGGAAGAGAGCGACCAAGAAGAAAUGAGCUGCUUAUUUUUUUGUUUUUCUGGAGGCAGACAGCAUCGGACUGUAUACACCAUCUCUGCAGAGGGUUGUUAAUCCUGGGAGAAUUCCAUUGGUUUGGUCAGGACUGUCCUGCUGCUUUGUCAGGAGCUUUUCUGUGACGGGUGUAUCAAAGUGAAUUCCAUCCUUUUAUUGUUUGAUGUUCGAUCUCUUGUAUUUAAGUUACAGAAGGUGAAACAGUAUGGAGUCCCAAACAGCCAGUCAAAUACUAAUAUGUGACUUUUAUGUUCUAAAACAAGCUGAUGAUAAUACUGUAAGCAUCUGAGAGCCAAUGACCAUGUCUUUUUUAGAUUCAUGGAUUAAUAACAAAUGUUAUUACUACUAUUUCUACUGCAGGUAUACUGUACCUCGUGUCAGCUCUGUUAGCUGGUGUUAGCUUAACUGUUAUUGGAGUGGUUGCAAAAUGAUUUUAAGAACCAGACAUGUUUCACAUUUUCAAAAUAAAAUCAAUGUGAGGAAUGUGCAGAGUGUUACAAAGCUCUUUGUGCCUGCUAUUCAGAAACACUGCAGCGAAACCACAACACAGUACACAGAUGUUAGUUAUGACUCAUUUAUUUAAUAUGGUAUUGUGAAAAUUUGGCAUCACUGAUGUUUACAAAGUCUUGUGUCAGCUGUGGAUCCCUGUAGUUCCCAAAACUCUGCACUGGGUCACCACUGACAGGUACAGUACAGGACAGAAAAGAAUAUAAUUCAGAAAAAAACUUUUGAUGUGACUUCUACUGCCUAUCAAACAGAUCUUGAAUUCAGUUUUUGUAGACUUGUCAGAGUAAAACUAAAGUACAAUAUUAACUGAGACAGGUCUUGCACUAUCAGUUGGUCUCUGUGCCCUGUCUUGUGCAUAGAUGGUCAAAAUAAUAAUUUUGAUCAUAUCUGUUAGUAUGGGCAGCAUAAUGUUAUAGUAAAUGAUCAGGUUCUAGCUCCACCUACAGGAAGGUUGCAGACUGCAACUUGAAGUAUGCAAUAAAUGGUUACCAAGUCCCCAGGGAGCUUGUUGUUUGAUUUGAGUACUGUUAAUUGUUUUUCUUUUGUUCCAAUAUAAGAUUGCUGAUUA